CAGUGAUGUAAUAACUGAGUACACUAGACUGCUGGGUGGAGGGAGCAGUCUUUUGCAUAUUCAACGAAGGUGUGUGCUUGGAACACAAAAGUUCUCUCGGGUACUGGUGGCAGAGGAUUCUUGAUUCCUUUUUACUCCCAGAGUUUGGGAAUGUCCACUUCAGUUGGAACUUGAAGAAAAACAACAAAAAAAGAAGCAGCAACUACUGGAUAAGAUUGGGCGACCUUUUGGAUGUGUUUGUGGCUGAGCAGGCUUUUUGAAGUCAGGCCACAAAUAAAAGGGGAGAAAUGCCAGAGGGAGUCCUCUUUUCACGUACAGUGGUGUAGCUGAAGUUCUCAUCGUGUUGCUUUUGGACCAAAGAGCUGCUUAUGUUGAUCAUAUGAAAGAUCCAGUGGCGAGAUUUAAGGAUCCUAGUUUUCAGACUCGAGGGGAUUCACUUUUGUUUUGUCCCCACCUCACUUUUUCAAUUUUAUUUCACAUUUGAAACCUUCUUGAUUUAGUUUGAUCAGAUGGAGGUACAGAGGAGAUCCAUGACACCACCCCUGUCACCAGCGGCAUUUGUCAACUCAACACAGUAUUCCAGUGUCUUGGAGGGAAGAUUCAAGCAGCUGCAAGAUGAACGUGAAGCGGUGCAAAAGAAAACGUUCACCAAAUGGGUAAAUUCACACUUAGCAAGAGUGACCUCCCGUAUCACGGACUUGUAUACGGACCUGAGGGAUGGGCGAAUGCUGAUUCGGUUGCUGGAGGUGCUGUCGGGUGAGCAGCUGCCCAAACCCACCAAAGGACGAAUGCGGAUUCACUGUUUAGAAAAUGUGGAUAAGGCCUUGCAAUUCUUGAAAGAGCAGAAAGUCCAUCUGGAAAACAUGGGCUCACAUGACAUUGUGGAUGGGAACCAUCGGCUUACUCUGGGCUUAAUAUGGACCAUCAUCCUUCGAUUUCAGAUCCAGGAUAUCAGUGUUGAAACAGAGGAUAACAAGGAAAAGAAAUCUGCCAAAGAUGCACUUCUACUCUGGUGCCAAAUGAAGACAGCAGGAUAUCCGAAUGUUAAUGUUCACAACUUCACCACAAGCUGGAGGGAUGGACUGGCCUUCAAUGCAAUUGUCCACAAACACAGGCCAGAUCUGAUUGAUUUUGACAGACUAAAGAAGUCAAAUGCUCACUACAACUUACAAAAUGCUUUCAAUGUGGCAGAGCAGCAGCUGGGACUCACCAAACUGCUGGAUCCUGAAGAUGUUAGCGUGGACCAGCCUGAUGAAAAAUCAAUCAUCACUUAUGUUGCUACAUAUUAUCACUACUUCUCUAAGAUGAAGGCACUGGCAGUAGAAGGGAAACGUAUUGGGAAGGUGCUGGAUUACGCAAUUGAGGCAGACAACAUGAUUGACAAGUAUGAAACUCUUGCCUCUGACCUCCUGCAGUGGAUUGAACACACCAUCAUUACACUCAAUGAUCGCAAACUAGCAAACUCACUGAAUGGGGUUCAGAAUCAACUUCAGGCAUUCAACACAUACCGCACUGUAGAGAAACCACCUAAGUUUACAGAGAAAGGCAAUCUAGAGGUGCUACUUUUCACUAUUCAAAGCAAAAUGAGAGCUAACAACCAGAAAGUCUAUAUACCACGAGAAGGCAAACUGAUCUCCGAUAUUAACAAGGCCUGGGAAAGACUGGAAAAAGCAGAGCAUGAGAGGGAACUAGCCUUGCGAACUGAACUCAUCCGACAGGAGAAACUGGAACAACUUGCUCACCGAUUUGAUCGCAAAGCAGCUAUGAGAGAGACCUGGCUGAGUGAAAAUCAACGUCUUGUUUCCCAGGACAAUUUUGGAAUAGAUCUGGCAGCAGUGGAGGCUGCCACAAGGAAGCAUGAAGCCAUUGAGACAGACAUUAAUGCCUAUAAUGAGCGUGUCCAGGCUGUGGUGGCUGUAGCCAAGGAACUGGAGGCUGAACGUUACUACGACAUCAAACGCAUCACAGUCAGGAAGGACAAUGUUAUUCGCCUGUGGGACUACCUUCGGGAGCUGCUGCAUGCACGUCGUGAACGUCUCAUGAGGAAUCUCGAAUUGCAGAAGAUGUUUCAGGAAAUGCUACACAUCGUGGAUUGGAUGGAAGAUAUGAAGAGCCGCUUGCAGUCACAAGAUUAUGGCAAACACCUGCAUGGUGUUGAGGACCUGCUUCAGACGCACACAUUGGUGGAGGCAGAUAUCGCAGUCCAGGCAGAACGAGUUAAAACAGUUAACACUGGUGCGCAGAAAUUCAUUAUCGGUGAGGAAGGUUACAAGCCGUGCGACCCUCAGAUUGUCCAAGACCGUGUCACACACUUGGAUCUUUGCUAUCAGGAGCUAUGCAAACUUGCAGCAGAGCGUCGCGCAAAGCUCGAGGAGUCGCGGCGCCUUUGGAAGUUCUUCUGGGAGAUGGGCGAAGAGGAGUCCUGGAUCCGGGAGAAAGAGCAAAUCAUGUCAUCAGAAGAUUAUGGCAAGGAUCUGACCAGUGUCAUGAUGCUAAUCAGCAAGCACAAUUCUUUCAAGGAUGAAAUGAGCGGCCGCAGUGGUCCUCUGCAGCAAACAAUAAAGGAGGGAGAGGGUUUAAUUGAAGAGGGGCACUUUGGGGCCAGUGAAGUCAAGGAGAAAAUUGAGGACAUUCGAGGACUAUGGGCACAUUUGGAGGAGUUGGCAGCCUUGCGGGAGCAGAGAUUGUAUGAGAUUUCCAAUCUGUACCAAUUCCAAGCAGAUGCCAACGACAUCGAGGCUUGGAUUCUUGACACCCUGCGCAUUGUGACCAGCAGUGACGUCGGACACGACGAGUACUCCACACAAACCCUAGCCAAAAAACACAAGGACAUAGAAGAGGAAAUUCACAACCACAGGCCCACCAUUGAUGCCUUGCAUGAGCAAGCCCGAAGCCUGCCGGCUGACUUUGCCCAGUCACCAGAGGUAGAUGGCAGGCUUCCUGCCAUUGAACAGAGGUAUGAGGAGCUGGUUGCCCUUGCACAACAGCGGAAACAGGCCCUGCAGGAUGCACUGGCACUUUACAAGAUGUUCAGUGAGGCAGACGCCUGUACACUUUGGAUUGACGAGAAAGAGCAGUGGCUGAACACCAUGGAGAUCCCUGAGAAACUUGAGGACUUGGAAGUUGUUCAGCACAGGUUUGAAACACUUGAGCCAGAGAUGAACAACCAAGCUUCCCGCAUUGCUUCAGUCAACCAGGUUGCCAGUCAGUUAUUAAGCAGCGAGCACCGUAACAAAGACGAGGUCACUGCUAUGAAAGACCAGCUCAACAGAAGCUGGGAUCAGUUCCGUGGCCUUGCAGAUCAGAAGAAGGAGGCGCUCAGCUCUGCCCUCAGCAUUCAGAAUUACCACCUUGAGUGUAAUGAGACUAAAUCAUGGAUUAAAGAGAAGACCAAAGUUAUUGAGUCUACUCAGAGUCUUGGAAAUGAUCUGGCUGGUGUAAUGGCCCUUCAACGCAAGUUAACUGGCAUGGAGCGGGACUUGGAGGCCAUUCAGGGCAAACUGGAUGACUUGCAGAAAGAAGCAGAAAAACUUGCCUCAGAGCAUCCAGAGCAGGCAGAAGCCAUCUUGGCCAGGCUUUCAGAAAUCAGUGGUGUGUGGGAGGACCUAAAGGACACCUUGAAAAAAAGAGAAGAAUCACUGGGUGAAGCCAGCAAGCUGCAGGAGUUCCUGAGGGACCUGGAUGAUUUUCAGUCAUGGCUGUCUCGAACGCAGACUGCCAUUGCUUCAGAGGAUAUGGCUACAUCGCUGUCAGAUGCAGAGAAGCUCCUCACCCAGCAUGAAAAUAUCAAGAAUGAGAUUGAUAACUAUAAGAAUGAUUAUGAAAGGAUGCGUAAGGUCGGGGAGGAGGUGACACAAGACCAAACUGAUGCUCAGUAUAUGUUCCUGCACCAGAGGCUCCAGGCUCUAGAUACAGGAUGGAAUGAACUGAGCCAGAUGUGGGAGAACCGGCAUGACCUCCUGGCACAGGUGUACGGCUAUCAGAUCUUCCUGCGUGAUGUUAAACAGGCAGAAGGGUUCCUAAAUAAUCAGGAGUAUAUGUUGUCACACACAGAGAUGCCUGCUACCCUGGAGAUGGCAGAGGCUGCCAUUAAGAAGCAUGAGGAUAUCGAGACCACCAUGGAUGCCAAUGAGGAAAAAAUCAACAGUGUAGUGGAAUCAGGAAAAAAACUUAUGAGCGAGGGGAAUGUUCAUGCCGACAAAAUCAAAGAGAAAGUGGACUCCAUUGAUGAACGACACAGAAGGAAUCGCAAAGCUGCCAGCGACCUUGCCAGCCGACUCAAGGAUAACUUGGAGCUGCAGAAAUUCCUUCAAGAUUGCCAGGAGCUCACACUCUGGAUCAAUGAAAAGAUGUUGACGGCCCAAGAUAUGUCAUACGAUGAGGCUCGAAAUCUUCACACUAAGUGGCAGAAGCACCAAGCCUUCAUGGCAGAACUCGCUUCCAAUAAGGACUGGCUGGACAAGAUAGACAGGGAUGGGAAGCAGUUGAUAUCUGAGAAGCCAGAUACUGAACCCAUUGUGGAGGAGAAACUCAAAUACCUGCACAGGCUCUGGGAUGAUCUGGAAUCCACCACCAAGACUAAAGCACAGUGUCUUUUUGAUGCGAACCGCACUGAGUUAUUCACACAGAGCUGUGCAGACCUGGACACCUGGCUCAAUAAUCUGGAUGCUCAACUGCAGUCUGAUGACCACGGCAAAGAUCUGACAAGUGUCAGCAUCCUUCUGAAAAAGCAGCAGAUGCUGGAGAAUCAGAUGAAAGUCCGACAGAAGGAGGUCGAGGAGUUGAAGCUUCAAGCACAGGCACUUGGACAAGAGGAUACUAACAUUGUAGAGGUAGAUUCCAAACGAAAGAGGGUAGAGGAACGAUUCCAGGAGCUACUAAAACCUAUUGAAGAAAGAAGGAGGAAUCUCAUGGCAUCCAAAGAGGGCCAUCAAUUCAACAGGGAUUUAGAGGAUGAAGUUCUGUGGAUAAAUGAACGGAUGCCACUGGCAACCUCAACAGAUCAUGGCAACAACCUGCCAACCGUGCAGCUACUCAUUAAAAAGAACCAGACCCUACAGAAGGAGAUUCAGGGUCACCAGCCUCGAAUUGAUGAUAUUGCAGACCGUGGGGAGACAAUGGCCAAAGCAGGGCACAUUGAUUCUGAGGUGCUGCGAGCCCGCCUGGGAGACCUACAGGAGAUGUGGAAGGCAUUAAUCGAGGAGACAGACAAACGCAGUGCCCGCCUGGAGGAGUCACAGAAUGCUCAGCAAUUCUAUUUUGAUGCAGCUGAAGCUGAGGCAUGGAUGGGGGAGCAGGAACUUCAUAUGAUGUCGGAAGAGAGGGCCAAGGAUGAACAGAGUGCAAUGGCAAUGGUAAAGAAGCACCAGGUGGUGGAGCAAUCACUGGAGGAUUAUGCGCAGACAAUUCACCAACUCUCCAACCUGAGCAGGAACCUAGUAACCGGCACUCAUCCUGAGAGCGACCGGAUUACUCUAAGACAGUCGCAGGUGGAUAAGUUGUACGCUGGAUUGAAAGACCUGGCAGAGGAGAGACGGGAAAAGCUACAGGAGGGUUUACGGCUCUGCCAACUCAAACGGGAGGUAGAUGACCUCGAGCAGUGGAUUGCAGAACGGGAGAUUGUGGCUGGUUCCCAUGAACUAGGCCAGGAUUAUGAACAUGUCACUAUGUUGCGAGAUAAAUUUCGUGAGUUUGCUCGGGAUACCAGUAACAUUGGACAAGAGCGUGUGGACUCUGUGAACCGCAUGGCUGAUGAGCAGAUUGACUUGGGUCACUCUGAGAAUGCCACCAUUGCUGAGUGGAAGGAUGGAUUGAACGAGGCCUGGGCUGACCUGCUGGAGCUCAUUGACACCCGGACGCAGAUGUUGGCUGCUUCGUACGAGCUGCAUAGCUUCUACCAUGAUGCUAGGGAAACGCUUGACCGCAUUCAAGAAAAAGAAAAACAGCUGCCUGAGGAAGUUGGUCGUGACCUAAAGACAGUAGAGAGAAUGCAUCGGAUGCACACUACAUAUGAACAUGACAUACAGGCGCUAAGCACACAGGUGAAGCAGGUCCAGGAUGAUGCUGCCAGGCUGCGGUCGGCCUAUGCUGGCGAGAAGGCUGAGGACAUACAGCGACAUGAGGAUACUGUUGUGGAGGCAUGGAAUGCCCUCCUUAAUGCCAGCAAAGGACGCAAACAACUUCUAUCAGACACAGUUGAAAAAUUCCGCUUCUUCAAUCUUGUACGGGCCCUGAUGCUGUGGAUGGAUGACGUCAACAGACAAAUGGAUACCCAGGAGAAACCGAGGGACGUUUCUUCAGCAGAUCUGACCAUCAAGAAUCAUCAGGGGAUCAAGUCCGAAAUUGAUGCCCGGGAUGACAGCUUUACUGCAAGCAUUGAAAUGGGCAAUGCCCUUCUGGCCAAAAACCACUAUGCUUCAGACGAGAUUGCAGAGAAAUUGGCCCAGCUCCAGGAAAGGAGGAGAGAAAUCAAUAAUAAAUGGAAGGAAAAGGAAGACUGGUUGCAGCUGGUAAUGGAGGUUCUUCAGUUUGGUCGGGAUGCAACAGUUGCUGAGGCCUGGCUGGCAACUCAGGAGCCAUACGUCAGAGCAGCUGACAUAGGAAGUAACGUAGAUGAUGCUGAGAACCUGAUCAAGCGUCACGAAGAAUUUGAGAAGUCAGCUGCUGCGUGGGAAGAACGUUUCCUGGCCCUGGAGAAACUGACAACACUGGAGCAACAAGAAAUCCGGCGUAAACAGGAGGAGGAGGAGAGAAAGCGAAAGCCACCUCCACCACCUUCGCCCCCCACACCGCAUGUCUCCGUGACAACUGAAGAGAACGCUGAGACUACAAGUCAGGCUCUGCAGAAAGAAUCGGCACGGGAUGGUGAGAUAGUGAAUCACUUGGAACCCAUCGCUCAGAAUGGAGUGCACUCGGAUAUGGAGUCACCACAGCCUUUAGAAGAUAUCAGACAGUUGAGAGAUGGUGUAGCUUCAUCUGUGACUGUGACUGUCAGUGAAGCAUCAGAACCUGUUAAUGGGACGAGUGCAGCCCCCGAAGCAAAAGGGGACUAUAGUCCUGUCAAGAAAACACCGCAAUCUUCUCCACGCCCAGGGUCUGUUAGCACCCUUCUCAGCAAGACACAGGAUACAGCUACCAUACAGCUCGAGGGUAUUUUAUGUCGCAAGCAUGAAUGGGAGUCACACAACAAGAAAGCCUCUAGCAGAUCCUGGCAAAAUGUGUACUGUGUACUGAGGAACCGGAGUCUUGGCUUCUACAAAGAUGCUAAGAAUGCUAGCACUGGCAUCCCUUACCACGGAGAGGUUCCAGUUAGCUUGACAGACGCCAAGUGUGAAGUGGCACAUGAUUAUAAGAAGAGAAAAAAUGUCUUUAAACUCAGACUCAGUGAAGGGAAGGAGUUCCUAUUCCAGGCCAAGGACGAGGCUGAAAUGAGCAGCUGGAUUGAUGGAAUCACCACAUCCAUCACCACCAGUUCCACUAAUCAAGAUGACCGCUAUCCUGCCAAUCCACAGGGCCUCACUCGUGCAAUGACAAUGCCUCCUAUAUCUCCCAACAGUGGUGAUACAGUCACUCUGAGGCGGGACAAGGAUGGAAAGGAGAAAGAUCGAGAGAAGAGGUUCAGUUUCUUCAAGAAGAAAUAGAAAGUGGUUCAAAAGCUGCAGAGAUUUUUUAAAACAAAACAAAAAGUCACCACACGUUCCACAUUCGCACAUCAUUCCAGUCGAUUCCAGCUUGUUUUUCCAAAUGACUCUGUGCCUGACAUUCCCGGGGCAUGGGAGGGGGACAUUUAAAAAAAAAACAAACUCAGUUUUAUCAAUGGGGAAAACAAUAUACCAACACUUCAGGAACGGUUAGUGGGACAUUUAUGAAGAACCGAAACAAGAAUCACAAGCAAUCGGGUCUCGAUUAUUUUAGGUUGGAGAGAGAGAGAGAGAGAGAGAGAGAAAAUGCUGCAGCUGUUACAAGCACUGAAGUGUAAACUGUGUUGGCUGAGCUGAGAAUAUUGGGUGCCUGGUUAGCUUUUCUGAUGGUUUGAAGUGUGUUAUGUUGGCUCCAUGGACUUGUUUUUACUAUUGAAGGACUAACGGGCCCUCAAGCAAGAAGCUUAUUGUUUGCUUGUCACUUCUCCCAGCUUGGUGAGGCAGUGUAUCUGAACAGCUGCUGAAAUGAGAGAAGAGUUGGAAAUGUGUCUAUUGCAAGCAACCACCAAACAGUCACCACCUGUACAUUGCCUGUGCAACUUAACUUUCUUUUCUUUCACAUCUUCUGUCUCCCUUGUACACAUCUGUCCCAUACACACUGUUUACCAGGAUGUAAGGAGUGCAGAGUGGGGGCAUAGCGUGUCAAUUAACUGCCUAAAGGAUGUGGGAGUAGUUAAUUACAACAUUAAAAUAUUUUGUGUAUUUAUUGAAAACUAAAGAUACUUCAAAAAUGUGGGGAGAGGGACAGUACAGAACAUCAGACCUGAUUUUUGGAAGAUUUUAUUUGUCCACCUAAGUGGUUAGAUGGCAUUUAUCACAGCUACUCCUCCCCCGUAGCCAUCCUGCUAACAUGCUCAAACUAUUUUCAAAACAAAUCUGUUGUGAAUAGGACUCCAACUUGCCAAACUUUCUUUCUCUCUCAUAGACCUGUGCUGUAACAGGUGUUGUUAUGAAUGAUUGUUUUAAAGGAAGAAGCCUAUACACUCGCUUGUACUCACACACGCACACUGUCUCACGUACAUUCACACACACACACACACAGAUUAUAGAAAGUGUCAAAGCAUUCUAUUUACCUAAGUGAUUAUAGUGAAAAUUGUAGAUUAAUUCAUUGUUGGUUACUUUUCCUCUUUUGUAGCUUUUUGAGUUUGAAUUCCUAUAUUAAGCACCUCCCUUUAUGCUUUAUUGCCAAAGGGGCAUUGGCAAAAGCAGCCUCCACUGAGACCUAACUGAAACUGGAUGAUAAAUCUGUAGCUUGUUGUAGACCGUGUUACAGAAUGCUGGAGGUGUUGAAAUAUAGACCAGUGGUUAUGGUUGUAAUCCUGUUUGAUAGGAGACAGAGUGACCUCUCCACCCGAGUGGACUUAUGCUCACUUGUCUCAGUUCUCAGCAGCUUCUGCAUUAGCUUUCAUUAAAGUCUGAAGUUCACCUUGGGUCCCAUUAACUCCUUUAUUUUUCUCAUGCUGUGAUGCCUCCAGUGCCGCCACUUUGCAUCAACCCACAGCUGGCAGCCCCAACCAAAGCUGUAAAUUAGCUAGCACCUCUCACAUUUAGGAAGCAACCCAUUAAGUUUGACAGGAGGAAGAGUAGGCAGCAGCAGGUAGGAGGGACGUUAGGAGAGGUGAGUGACUGGUUGAACAGAUACUUGAUGUGAAGGUUUCUGAAGGAGAACAAAAGUAAGAAAAUAGCUUAAUAGUAGGCCACUGCCAUUGUCAAAUGGAAUGCAUUGGAAGUGGGUAUAACAUAGUGCUCGUAUAAUUAGAGAUCUUCUUGGAGUUGAUUUGCUGAGUGUUUUUAAGUAGGUGCUGGGACUUUAUUUUUGUAAAUUUCCCCAUGGUCAGAUUUGACACGUGGAACCCAGAUAAAGAAAGAACCCAAAAAGGCAUAACGUUGAAGGAUGCAAAAGCUGAACUGAUGUUAAAAAUCAGUUGGCAUGGGAACUUAUUUUUAAAAAGUUCCAAGAAUUGAGAAUUUCCUGGAAUCUCAAAGGGAGAGCCUGCAGCAGUGAAGGGGGGAUAUUCUGAGUUUGUUACUAAAAGUUCCUCUGGGAGACUAACAGGAACGGUUAAUAGUUGGAGAUCUUAAUUGUGCCAACCUAAUAUUAACACAAAAUGUUAUUCAAACAUUGUGACAACAAGUUAAAUCUCUUAAAGAGGGAAUAGCAACAGGCUUGAGAGUUGGAAUAUAUUAUAGGCAAAUGACAGUAGUGCUAGAGUUCUUUUACAUAAUAAAUUCCAUUUGAAAUAUUUUUACAGCUGAAGUUUGAUAGUGGAUUUGAGACUGUCCAGCUUUGCAACAAGAUAUCUGCAGUGCACAAAUACCCAGAGGAGGAAGUGGCAGAAACAGACUUCAUGGUCAGAGUGGGGAGACUGCAACAGGGCUACUGGCAGAUGUUCUCUUGUGUUUCUCACUGUUAUGUGAUAGCAAUUUCAAAUGACUUUUUGUCACAGAGUCACCAGCAGUAGCUGACUUUAUGGUGUAAUACUAAUUUGGAAAGAAACAGCGUCUAACGACAUGCAGGAACUGGCCUUUUUAUGUGCAAAUGCAGUUGUUAAUUUGCAGCGAAUCCAAUAUGUUUCCACAUGGUACACUGCAUGUGCAAUAUUCACGAUUCACUCCCUCAGAUUGUUUCCAUUCACUAGUGACAAUCUGACCAGUAUGUCUUCCUAGUGCUUAGCAGUUCAUAAUGCAAGUUUGAACUUUAGGGAUAAGUGCUUUAUGCAGUUCAGGUUGGGUACUGCAUUUUGAAUGCUCUUGAUGUUCAACUUUGCUGAGAUCCUUGAUGGCUUGAUCUGAAAUAUGGAACCUAGCGGAAAUCUUUUGCAGGGAUUAAUGAGUAGUCAGCUUAGCCCUGAAAGAUACAAGAGGAGAACACAUCAGUUUCAGCAUUGUAAGAAAAUGAUUAGAGUCCCAAGCGUUCAUCUUCCAAAAGGAAUCUUCUCAGACAUGAUUAAAUUAGUGCCAUUGUGGUACUGCCAAGAAUGCACAGACAUUGUACACCUAGUGCCAUUGUCCUAUUGGGCUAGCCAAACCUGUUUGACCAAUUAACCUGCUAAUCCAAUGACACCUCUCUGCCAACAUCUUGGCACAGCUAUUGUGCCAGUGGUGUAGUUUCACAUCUAGGUUGUAUUACCUAGCCUAUCUGAGUGGUGAGCACUUGAAGCUGCAUUUGUAAGAGGAUUCUUCUUUCCCCUUCUUUAAAUCAUUUGUGCUUUAGAAAUUAAAGUUGAGAAAUGGUUUAAUGGCUGUCACUGCAUUUAAAAGGAACUGUACUUCCUUAGAAACUGGGGAAAAGCAUUUCUAGGGGUUUGUGUAACAUAUAGACUGAGAUCUCCAUAUCAGUGAAGCAACUUUGCAAAACAUCACUUAUCAAAAUUUAGCCCAAUCCUUUGCAAGUGAAGAACCUGAAUCUCAAAAGUGGUUUUACAAAUGAACAUCUAAAGCAGAGAUUACAGCAGUAGGCCUUCCCAGUGCACAUAAGUCUUACUGAUGUUUCAUAUAGCGUUAGGGAUGGGAAAAUCAGCCAGGGCUCACCAUUCACUGACCCCUGCUGGCCAAUGUGUGGGUGUUUGACAGAGUCUGUUAACUAGGCCGAUGUUUUCCAAUUUAGAUAGAAUCGCCAAUCACGUAAAGUGCUGGAGAGCAGAGUUCCCUGGGGAGCUGAAUCAACAACUCCACAUGAGUAAGUUAAAGAGAGGAACAAAAUGAGAAGAUCCAUACCCAGUGAAAAAAGUAUAAUUGGAUCACCAUUAACAGCGAGAACCUUUUUAUAAUAUCCAAACUGUAUGUCAGAAUUAUAAGGAUGUUGUGUGCUUUAAACUAGUUUUAUAAUGCUUAAUUCAGAAGUUAUGUAGGUUGGGGAAAUGGUUUAUAAAUUGAUUGAUUUACUGGCAGGGGAUUCAAAAACAAUAUAAUGUUAGAAAAGGUUGUAUUGAGCUAAAUAAAAAUGGAAAAUGAUGACAAAUUGCAUUGCUGGCGAUCUGAAAUAAAAACAGAAGGUGUAGAGCAGAUCUCAUGGACUCAAAAAGUCUGAUUGAAUUCAUCUGUUGUUUAUCCUUAAGAAGCCAACUGACUUCCACAUUUUUGGUUGUGGUGAUGAGUUGUGGGUUUAGAACAAAGCUUCACCUUAAUCCCAUAUUAAUCAGGUUAUACCCAUUCAGAUGCUAGCAGAAAGAUUACCACUCCUCCCUACCAGACCCUAAAGAAAUCAACAUGAGUCCAAUUGAUGUUUGGCCACCUUUGGCAUUUUUGGUAAAGAAUUUAAGCUUUUCUGUGAAGUGAUUUUCCAUGCACUUGGAGUUCAAGAGGCAAGGUAGGAAACGUGCAAAUAUUAGUGCAGAGCAUAUUUAGCAUAAGGUUAGAAUAUUGGCAAUGUAUCUAACCCGGUGAUGUACCUGCCUUGGGAGUACAGUGUAGGGGAAGCUUUACUCUAUCUAACCCCAUGUCAUUCUGCCUUGAGUGGUUUUGAUACGAACAGGCAUCUAACCUGCCCUAGGAGUGUUCAGUGGGGAAGAGUGUGCCUGAAAUUAUGCUUCACCUAACAAAUUCUGUACGAAACAUGAGAGUGCUGGAUACGAGUAUUCACAUCACUCAGGUUAAUGAGCACAUAAGUCAGAGUGAAUAACAAUGAAGCUAGGUGGAAAUAUUUGCUCAGCCACCACUCACUUGAUUAAUUGUGAAGAACUUCAUCUGAUUAAAUUGGAUAAAUUGGAGUCAGCUAUUUCUGAUAGUUGUCUCUCAGCUGCUCAUACAUCAUCAGUCACUGAUCCACCCCAGAUCCAUACUAACAGAAGUGAAAAGCUAUUGAACGUGCAGUUGCAUUUGGAAGGGAAGGAAUCUAAUAGACCACAGAGCAAGCUUGUUUAAUAACCUGGUUCCCACCAGGGUGUUCAAAAUGUUCCCGUAAAGGCUUACUAAUGAAUGGAGUGGCCUUGGUGUUCCCAUUUAAAGUUCUUGUUUGGAAUAUUAUAAUCUCUAUUUACUGGCUUCUUAUUGUACUGAAAAUAAAGAGUGCAUUUAAAACGUC